UUUCUAACCCAGGAUCAGAUCAAUGAAUUCAAGGAAUGUUUUUCCCUGUAUGACAAAAGGCAGAAAGGCAGAAUCAAGGCCAGCGAUCUGAUGGUUGUCAUGCGCAGUUUGGGCACUAGCCCAACUCUAGGAGAGGUGGCCAGGCACCUUCAGCUCCACAAAAUCGGUAAGUAUGUGAAUGAAGAACUGGAGUUUUCAACUUUCCUGACCAUCAUGUAUAGGCAAAUACAGCAGGAAGACCCAAGGAAUGAAAUCCUCCUGGCCAUGUUAAUGCUGGACCAGCAAAGGACCGGAUUCAUCUCAGUGGCUGAACUGCAGGCUAAGCUGAUGAACCUUGGAGAAAAGCUAUCCAAAGAAGAAGUGGACGCCCUUUUGAAGAACGCCAAAGUGGGACACAACGGACUGGUGAGGUAUGAAGACUUAAUUCAAUCAAUCACACUUCCAGCUGAUGAUUAUUGA